GAUGAUUUGACAUUUGUAUUUAAUUACAAAUAGACUCUCACUGUGUACGAAGCAUUUGUGUUUUAUGAGAAUAUACGUGGAUUAUUGCAAAUAAAUACUCACAAAUCCGCUUGUGUUUAUGCGUAGAAAACGAUUGCAUUAGGCAAUGAAUAUUCCUCCGGGCAACGUUCAACCCAUGCCAAUGGGCAGUGGUUUUCCCGUUCCGGUGUUUAGUAUGCCGCCGCCCGGUUUUCCACCGCCAGCAACAUGUGAAUGGUCGGAGCAUAAAUCACCAGAUGGUCGCACUUACUAUUAUAACAGUAUCACAAAACAGAGUGCUUGGGAAAAACCGGACGAACUAAAGACGAACGCCGAAAAACUACUAUCCUCAUGUUCAUGGAAAGAGUACUGCUCGGAAAAUGGUAAAGUCUACUACUAUCAUGUGACAACAAAAGAAUCGCGCUGGGACAUUCCAACGGAACUCGAAGAAAUUAAAAAAAAAAUCGUCGAAGAUGAGCGAGCUGCCAAUGCGGCAAGAGCAAUGGCUGCUUUAACGUCGUCAACUAUGUCAGGUGUUUUCCCUCCAAUCGCCGCGGCAAUGCCAUUGAUUCCACCAAUGACAACGGUGCCACCAGCGAUUCUACAAACUAAAGUCAAUACAUCCAACACGAGUUCACCAGCUGAGAAUGGAAUCGAUUCCAAUGAAAAUUCAUCGUCUGCAAUGGAUCAAGCCAUGGCAGCCACUCUAGCGGCUAUUGAAAUUCCUGAAUCGCAAGAUAAAAAUGACAAUGAUGCCGAUGCAAAUAAAUCGAUUCCCAGUCCGGAACAGGCAAAAGUUGAAUUUAAAGAUAAAAAAGAAGCAAUCGAAGCGUUUAAAGAAUUGCUUAGGGAAAAGAAUAUACCAUCAAAUUCGACGUGGGAUAAUUGCAUGAAAAUUAUUUCCAAAGAUCCACAAUAUGUCAAUUUUAAAAAUUUAAACGAACGAAAACAAGCAUUUAACUCGUACAAAGCACAAAAACUCAAAGACGAACGUGAAGAGCAACGUUUACGUGCGAAAAAAGCAAAAGAAGAUUUAGAGAAAUUCCUCAUGAGUUGCGAUAAAAUUUCAUCGACCACCAAAUACUAUAAAUGUGACGAAAUGUUUGCCAAUCAAAAGAUUUGGUCGAAUGUUCCGGAUCAGGAUCGUCGUGACAUUUACGAGGAUUGUAUGUUUAAUUUAGCGAAGCGGGAGAAAGAAGAAGCGCGUGUGAUGAAAAAGCGAAAUAUGCGAGUUCUAUCGGAAGUGCUUGAGUCAAUGAAUUCAAUCACGUACCAAACGACUUGGUCCGAAGCACAAGUGAUGCUGUUGGAAAAUGCGGCAUUUAAAAAUGAUGUCAAUCUGCUUGGCAUGGACAAAGAGGAUGCCUUGAUUGUUUUUGAGGAGCACAUUAGAACACACGAGCGCGAAGAAAUUGAAGAAAAGGAUCGUGAGAAGAAGCGAAUCAAGCGGUUACAGCGCAAAAAUCGUGAUGCAUUUUUGGCAUUACUCGAUUCAUUGCAUGAAGAGGGCAAACUGACGUCAAUGUCAUUGUGGGUAGAAUUAUAUCCACUCAUUUCGGCCGACCUUCGGUUCUCAGCCAUGCUCGGCCAGCCAGGAUCAACGCCAUUAGAUUUAUUCAAAUUUUAUGUAGAAAAUCUCAAAGCUCGAUUCCAUGAUGAGAAGAAAAUUAUUAAAGAAAUCCUAAAAGAGGCCGAUUUUGCGGUCAAGGCUGAUACCUCAUUCGAACGGUUCGCAACGAUUGUGUGUGAGGACAAACGAUCCGCAACAUUGGAUGCAGGCAACGUUAAACUCACGUACAACUCAAUGCUGGAGAAAGCGGAAGCAAUUCAGAAGGAACGUUUGCGCGAGGAAACGAAACGAUUGCGUAAACUGGAGAAUGAACUUAAGCAAAUGUGGCUUGAUGCCGGUCUUACGUCCGAAUCGAGCUGGGAAGUGGCCAAAAAAGUCGUUGUCAACACCGAAGUAUAUGAUACAUAUGCGAAGGAAGCAUCGGCUGAAAAACUGUGGGAGGACUUUAUACGCGAAAGUGAGGAUUCUUGUACGCAUCAUCAUUCGCGGUCAAGGAAAUCGAAGAAAAAUAAAAAGCAUAAAAAACGGUCUCGAUCCAGCUCGAAAUCGGCUUCCGAACUGUCUGAAGUGGAGUACGAAAAGGUGAAAAAAUCAAAACGAUCAAGGUCACGUUCGAGGUCUACCAGCACGAUAAGUUCGUCCAGCGAAAAGAGAAAGAAGUCCAAAAAGAAGAAGCAUCGCAAGCACUCUCGAUCGGUAUCAUAUGAGUCGCCAUCGAACGUGCAAUCGGCGGAUAAGCUAUCGCCAAUGCUUGAACCGUUGUCACCGGCAACGCCGACCACGCCCGAAAAGAAGAAAAAAAAGAAGGAUAAAAAGAGAAAGGACAAAGAGCGCAUUAGACGAUCGGUCAGUGGUACACCGCCGCCAAUAUCUACAUCAAAUCGAGAUGAUUCACCGUUGACCAAAAACACAGACGACCAAGCGCUUAGCGAAUCUGAAUUGGAAUCACGACGAGCUGCUCUGCUGGCUCAACUUAAUAUGCAAAUGGAUGAAUAGCAAAAAAUUUGAUGAAUUGUUUUUUUUAUCCAUUGUAUAUCGACAUACUGCUAAGAGUUGAUGGUUUAAAUUCGCGAUAUUUUUUAACAAAUUUUUCAUAAUUCCAAACAACAACAAUUUUUGCUUAGGGAACCGUAUCGCUUACCAACAUUAGUCAAAAUAAAAAUCACACUUAAGAAGAAAAAAAAGAAAGGAAAAGAAACACAACCACAUUUUUUUGACUCUUUCAGUACAUUUUUUUUUAUUUGGCGUCUUCAACAAGUAGCUUAAACAAAUUAUUGAGAAAAAAAAGGUACGACAAUUCGGCUUCUCAAAACAUUGUUUUCUUAUAAAUUUCUUUGUUUCUAAGAAGAACAAUAAAUGACUUAUAACAAGUGAUGAUAAUUUCAUA